AUGUCAAGUAAAACGAAAUCGGUAGAUGGAAGCAAGUGUAAAGGCGAAUCGCCAUGGAAGAGGGCUUUCGUGGCUAAUGCAGAAUGGCCGGACAAGGAAGAGUUCCUAGAUGUAAUAUACUGGAUGCGUCAGGCCAUGGGAAUCAUUUUGGGACUUUUUUGGGGUUUACUACCUUUGAAAGGUUUCCUUGGUUUAGUACUAUUCGUUGCUGUGAAUGCUGCAGUAAUAUAUAUUUAUGUAAACAAUUUUCAAAAUAUUGAUGAGGAGGAAUAUGGUGGUAUGUGGGAAAUAACGAAAGAAGGCUUUAUGACCUCAUUUGCUGGUUUUUUGGUUACAUGGAUAAUUAUUUAUACAGGACUACACAUUGGAGACAGCAGCUUAUGA